AUGUUGGCUCUCCUAUUCCUUUCACUCGCUAGUCCCGCCGUGGCGUCCAUCAUCCACAACAGGGCAUAUGAUUCCCCUUCUUUCCGGGCUCCUCAACUUGCUACACCCCGAGAUGCCGUCCGAAGAAACCAUAAGCGAUGGGAGUACUAUGACGGACAAGUUGAGUUCCCUUAUAAUGUAGCUUCUGGUGAUCCUGAAUCCGAUUCGGUGAUCCUCUGGACCCACCCUAUACCUACUACGAACGACUCCCGUCCGGUAUGUCUCGAGUAUCAAGUGUCCCAUUCCAAUGACUCCUGGUCAGAGGGGGAUAUCAUAACCUCUGACCAAGUUUGGACUACGCCAGAGGUCGAUUAUUCCUACAAGGUUGAAGCAAAGGGAUUACAACCUAAGUCGACAUAUUACUAUAGAUUUGCAAAUUGUGCCGAUAAAAACAACGUCUCGCCGGUCGGUAGAUUUUUGACUACCCCUGUUGAGGAUGACGAUGAGAUUGACAAACUGUCUUUCGCCGUUUUCUCAUGUUCGAACUAUCCCUUCGGGUUCUUCAACGCUUAUGGGAAUGCUGCUGCGCGAGAUUCAAUCGACUAUGCUGUCCAUGUCGGUGAUUACAUCUACGAAUUCAGGGGAGAUGGUUGUGACGGAAAAGCUUGUUAUGGCGAUGGGAGGGAUAUUGGCCGAGUACCAGAACCCAACCGGGAACUGUUCCUCUUGGAAGAUUAUCGGACUCGAUACAAGCAAUAUCGAAGUGAUCCGGACUUACAAGCUCUUCAUGCGAGUCACGCUUGGCAACUUGUUUGGGACGAUCAUGAAGUUGCAGAUAACAGUUGGAAAGCCGGUUCGGCAGAUUCCAACGAUACCAUUGCUGGAACGCAGUACAACACAUCCUUCACACAGAGGAAAGCAAAUGCCGUGAAAGCGUAUUUCGAGUGGCUCCCCAUUAGAACGGUUGAAACCGAUGACGCUCUAAGAAUCUGGAGAAGCUUCAAAUUCGGUACUCUCGCCGAUCUAUAUAUGCUAGACACUAGACAAUAUAACAGAGAUCUGACCGAUAUUUAUUACAACACUCAUGAUGUCAAAGCUAUCCAAAAUGAGGAAGCCCGAUCUCUCAUGGGUGGAAGGCAAGAGAACUGGUUCUACAAUGGUUUGAAGAAUUCUUCACAAAGAGGGGCCCAAUGGAAGAUCGUCGGUCAACAAAUCGUUUUUGCCGAUUUGGUGACGGACAAUGUGGAUGCUUGGGACGGGUACAAAGCCAACCGAAGAAGAGUUCUCGAUACGAUCAGUCAGAAUAACAUCGACAACGUGCUCAUCCUUUCUGGAGAUUCUCAUGCCAACUGGGUAUCUGAUAUCACUUAUGAUGAUAAAGAUGGAUACAACACCGUUACGGGAGAUGGCUCAUACGCAGUCGAAUUUGCUGGUACAGCAGUCUCUUCUCCUUCCUCGUUUGGCUACAACCAUACCGCCAACAAACCUUUACCUGCUGAAGCGUACAUUCAAACUGCUCAAAAGCUAAUCAACGCCACGGGUAAUGAAGAACUGCAAUGGACCGAAGGUGCUACUAGAGGAUAUUUCGAGCUACACCUUACUCGACAAGAUGCCACAGCUGUAUACUACGGUAUCGACGAUGUCCGCACUCAUUCCUCUGAUGAGCGGGUUCUUGCUACUUUCGUAGUUGAGGACAAAGCCAAUAAGCUCCGGAGACCUGUAGCUGAUGGUAACGUGACCGGUGGUGUUUUAGCCAAGAGAGGAUGA